AGCCAUGUUGGAGCGGCGGGAGGCGGCGGCAGCGUCGGGCAUGCUGCGGUGGGGGCAGCAAAAGCCGCGGCCGCACGCCAAAGGGCCACCGGCAGCGGAGUAGAUGGUGCCCAGAGGGCGGAGGCGGUGCGGAGCGACAGGCCGAGGGGCGGGGAGCCGGGGCGGCGGCGGGGGCCCGGGAGGGGGCCCGAGCGGCGGGGCGGGCCUAAGGCCCGGACCCGGGCGGGGGGCGGUGGAGGCUGUGCGCGGAGGCGGGGGGUGAUGGAGAAGUGGCCGCAGCGGAGGGGCCUCAGGGGGCUGACGACCCCGCUGCUCCUGCUCCUGCUCCUGUCUUUGUUCCCUCUCAGCCGGGAGGAGCUGGGGGGCGGCAGGGGCCACGGCUGGGACCGCGGGCUAGCUGCCACCACGGGGCCAGGGGCGCGGAUCAGCGGCGGAGCCUUAGCUCUUUGUCCCGAGCAGCCCGGGGUUCAGGAGGGUGGAGAGCCUGGCCUGGGAGUCAGGGAGCCUGUUGUCGUGGGGCUCCGAGGGUCAAGGCAAAGCGCCGAGAGUGGUCGAGGGCCUCCUGAGCAGACGGACGCGAGAGUGGGGACGAAAUACGGGGCCCAGGCACCAGGCAGCCGCGGGAGAGAGACAGGACGGGAACCAGGGUCUCUGUUGUGCUGGCGCCCAGAGGUCUCCUCUUGCGGGCCGACGGGACCUUUGCGAAGAGAUGGUCUGUGUCCAGAGGCUCUGUCCCCAGGGGCCCCGGGCCUGAAGAAGAGCUCGCCCUUCCCUUCAGACCUUCUGGUUCGGCCCCGUGAUUCCAAGUCGGUGUCCUCCCAGAGGGAUGCUGAAAGAGGUGCCUCCAAAAAAGUGGGAACCACGCGCUGUUUCAGGGAGUUGUGGGCCCCGGGGCGCAGGGGCCAGGAAGAGAGAACAGCGACAUCCCGAGCGGAGAGGACAGUCCCUCGGCCCGGCUGUCGUCCCGGGGCUGAGGGAUCUGGCCCCAGGCUGGAUUCAGCACCGCGCCCUGAGAGGACAGCUCCCUCCUCUGGUUCAGCACUGCACGAGUCUCGGACAGCUCCCGAGCCGCCGCCGGGGCGCAUGCGCUCCCGCGGUCCCUUCCGCCGGCGCUUCCUUCCGCGGCGCCCGGUGCCGCGUCCCCCAGGGGGCCCGGUUCAAUCCACAGCCAGGAGAACACCCCCUGCAGCGAACCGGGCCCGCCCCCGCCGCGCCGCCAACCGUCACCCGCAGUUUCCGCAGUACAACUACCAGGCGCUAGUGCCCGAGAACGAGGCGGCGGGCACCGCGGUGCUGCGCGUGGUGGCGCAGGACCCGGACGCGGGCGAGGCCGGGCGCCUGGUGUACUCGCUGGCUGCGCUCAUGAACAGCCGCUCGCUGGAGCUGUUCAGCAUCGACCCUCUGAGCGGCCUGAUUCGCACGGAGGCCGCUCUGGACCGCGAGAGCAUGGAGCGCCACUACCUGCGCGUCACGGCGCAGGACCACGGCUCGCCGCGCCUCUCGGCCACCACCAUGGUGGCCGUCACAGUGGCUGAUCGCAAUGACCACGCGCCCGUGUUUGAGCAGGCGCAAUACCGGGAGACGCUUCGCGAGAACGUGGAGGAGGGCUACCCGAUUCUACAGCUGCGCGCCACGGACGGCGACGCGCCCGCCAACGCCAACCUGCGCUACCGCUUUGUGGGGCCGCCCGCCGCACGUGCCGCUGCCGCCGCCGCCUUCGAGAUUGAUCCGCGCUCCGGCCUCAUCAGCACCAGCGGCCGGGUGGACCGCGAGCACAUGGAAAGCUACGAGCUAGUGGUGGAGGCCAGCGACCAGGGCCAAGAGCCUGGGCCGCGCUCUGCCACCGUUCGGGUACACAUAACCGUGCUCGACGAGAACGACAACGCGCCCCAGUUCAGUGAGAAGCGCUACGUGGCCCAGGUGCAUGAGGAUGUGCGGCCUCACACGGUGGUGCUGCGCGUCACGGCCACCGACCGGGACAGGGACGCCAACGGGCUGGUGCAUUACAACAUCAUCAGUGGCAACAGCCGCGGCCACUUUGCCAUCGACAGCCUCACGGGCGAGAUCCAGGUGGUGGUGCCUCUGGACUUCGAGGCAGAGAGAGAGCAUGCGUUGCGCAUCCGGGCACAGGAUGCCGGCCGGCCGCCGCUGUCCAACAACACAGGCCUGGCCAGCAUCCAGGUGGUGGACAUCAAUGACCACGCUCCUAUCUUUGUCAGCACACCCUUUCAGGUCUCUGUCCUGGAAAAUGCGCCUCUGGGCCACUCGGUCAUCCACAUUCAGGCAGUGGACGCAGACCACGGAGAGAAUGCCAGGUUGGAGUACUCCCUAACUGGUGUGGCACCCGAUAUGCCUUUUGUGAUAAACAGUGCCACCGGCUGGGUCUCUGUGAGUGGUUCCUUGGACCGUGAGUCUGUGGAGCAUUACUUCUUUGGGGUGGAGGCCCGAGACCACGGCACACCCUCUCUCUCCGCCUCAGCCAGUGUCACAGUGACUGUGCUGGAUGUUAAUGACAAUCGGCCCGAGUUCACAAUGAAGGAGUACCACCUACGGCUGAACGAGGAUGCGGCUGUGGGUACCACUGUGGUCAGCGUUACCGCUGUAGACCGUGAUGCCAACAGUGCCAUUAGCUACCAGAUCACAGGGGGCAACACCCGAAAUCGCUUUGCCAUCAGCACCCAGGGGGGUGUAGGUCUGGUGACACUGGCUCUGCCGCUGGACUACAAGCAAGAACGCUACUUCAAGCUGGUGCUAACUGCAUCUGACCGUGCCCUUCAUGAUCACUGCUAUGUGCACAUCAAUAUCACAGAUGCCAACACUCAUAGGCCUGUCUUUCAGAGUGCCCACUACUCAGUGAGUGUGAAUGAGAACCGGCCAGUGGGUAGCACUGUGGUGGUCAUCAGUGCCUCUGAUGAUGAUGUGGGUGAGAAUGCUCGUAUCACCUAUCUUCUGGAGGACAACCUGCCCCAGUUCCGCAUCGAUGCGGACUCAGGGGCCAUUACACUGCAGGCCCCCCUGGACUAUGAGGACCAGGUGACUUACACGCUGGCUAUUACAGCUCGAGACAAUGGCAUCCCACAGAAGGCAGACACCACUUAUGUGGAGGUGAUGGUCAAUGAUGUGAAUGAUAACGCUCCACAGUUUGUGGCCUCCCACUACACGGGGCUGGUCUCUGAGGAUGCACCACCUUUCACCAGCGUCCUGCAGAUCUCAGCCACUGACCAGGAUGCUCAUGCCAAUGGCCGGGUCCAGUACACUUUCCAGAAUGGGGAAGAUGGGGAUGGAGAUUUCACCAUUGAGCCCACCUCUGGCAUUGUCCGCACAGUGAGGAGGCUGGACCGGGAGGCAGUGCCCGUGUAUGAACUGACUGCCUUUGCAGUGGACCGCGGUGUACCCCCCCUGAAGACGCCAGUCAGCAUCCAGGUGACAGUACAGGAUGUGAAUGACAAUGCACCUGUCUUUCCGGCUGAGGAGUUCGAGGUGCGUGUGAAGGAGAACAGCAUUGUGGGCUCGGUGGUAGCUCAGAUCACUGCCAUGGACCCUGAUGAGGGCCCCAAUGCCCAGGUCAUGUACCAGAUAGUGGAGGGGAACAUCCCCGAGCUGUUUCAAAUGGAUAUCUUCUCUGGCGAGUUGACAGCACUCACUGACCUGGACUAUGAGGCUCGCCAGGAGUACGUGAUAGUGGUGCAGGCCACGUCCACCCCUCUGGUCAGUCGGGCUAGCGUGCAUAUCCGCCUGGUCGACCAGAAUGACAACAGCCCUGUGCUCAGCAACUUCCAGAUCCUCUUCAAUAACUAUGUGUCCAACCGCUCAGACACCUUCCCCUCGGGCAUUAUCGGACGCAUCCCAGCUUACGACCCUGACGUCUCCGACAACCUCUUCUACUCCUUUGAGCGGGGCAACGAGCUACAGCUGCUGGUGCUCAACCAGACCAGUGGGGAGCUUCGUCUCAGCCGCAAGCUCGACAACAACCGCCCACUGGUGGCCUCCAUGUUGGUGACUGUCACAGAUGGGCUGCACAGCGUGACGGCGCAGUGUGUGCUGCGCGUGGUCAUCAUCACGGAGGAGCUGCUGGCCAACAGCCUGACGGUGCGCCUGGAGAACAUGUGGCAGGAGCGCUUCCUGUCGCCGCUGCUGGGCCACUUCCUGGAAGGCGUGGCCGCCGUGCUUGCCACCCCCUCCGAAGACGUCUUCAUCUUCAACAUCCAGAACGACACGGACGUGGGGGGCGCCGUGCUUAACGUGAGCUUCUCGGCGCUGGCGCCGCGCGGGGCGGGCGGGGGCGCCGCGGGCCCCUGGUUCAGCUCGGAGGAGCUGCAGGAGCAGCUGUACGUGCGCCGCGCCGCGCUAGCCGCGCGCGCACUGCUGGACGUGCUGCCCUUCGACGACAACGUGUGCCUGCGCGAGCCCUGCGAGAACUACAUGAAGUGCGUGUCGGUACUGCGCUUCGACUCGUCGGCGCCCUUCCUGGCCUCGGCCUCCACGCUGUUCCGGCCCAUCCAGCCCAUCGCCGGGCUGCGCUGCCGCUGCCCGCCCGGCUUCACCGGGGACUUCUGCGAGACCGAGCUCGACUUCUGCUACUCCAACCCCUGCCGCAACGGCGGCGCGUGCGCGCGGCGCGAGGGCGGCUACACCUGCGCGUGCGGCCCGCGCUUCACAGGAGAGGACUGCGAGCUGGACACGGAGGCCGGACGUUGCGUGCCCGGCGUCUGCCGCAACGGGGGCACCUGCGCCGACGGGCCGACGGGGGGCUUCCGCUGCCUGUGCCCGGAGGAUGGCGCCUUCGAGGGCCCGCGUUGCGAGGUGGCGGCGCGCUCCUUUCCUCCCAGCUCGUUCGUCAUGUUCCGCGGCCUGCGGCAGCGCUUCCACCUCACGCUGUCCCUCUCGUUCGCAACCGUGCAGCCGAAGGGGCUGCUCUUCUACAACGGGCGCCUGAACGAAAAGCACGACUUCCUGGCCCUGGAGCUCGUGGCCGGGCAAGUGCGGCUCACAUACUCCACGGGUGAGUUCAACACCGUGGUCAGCCCCACAGUUCCAGGGGGUCUGAGUGAUGGGCAGUGGCACACAGCGCACCUGCGAUACUACAACAAGCCCCGGACAGAUGCUCUGGGGGGUGCUCAGGGCCCUUCCAAGGACAAGGUGGCUGUGCUGAGCGUGGAUGACUGCGACGUGGCCGUGGCUCUGCAGUUUGGUGCUGAGAUUGGCAACUACUCAUGCGCAGCUGCUGGCAUGCAAACAAGCUCCAAGAAGUCCCUGGACCUGACGGGCCCCCUGCUUCUGGGGGGUGUCCCCAACCUCCCCGAGAACUUCCCCGUGUCCCACAAGGACUUUGUCGGCUGCAUGCGGGACCUGUACAUUGAUGGCCGCCGAGUGGACAUGGCGACCUUCGUUGCAAACAACGGCACCACGGCAGGCUGCCAGGCCAAGCUGCACUUCUGUGACUCAGGCCCCUGCAAGAACAGCGGCUUCUGCUCGGAGCGCUGGGGGGGCUUCAGCUGUGACUGCCCCUUGGGCUUUGGUGGCCAAGACUGCCGGCUCACCAUGGCCCAUCCCCACCAUUUCCGUGGCAACGGCACGCUGAUCUGGGACUUUGGAAAUGACAUGGCUGUGUCUGUGCCAUGGUACCUGGGACUGGCAUUUCGGACGCGGGCAGCACAGGGGGUCCUGAUUCAAGUACAGGCUGGGUCACACAGCUCAAUCCUCUGUCAGCUGGAGCAGGGGCUGCUGGCCGUGACAGUGACCAGGGGCUCAGGCCGUGCUGCCCACCUCCUCCUGGACCAGGCGGCUGUCAGUGAUGGCCGGUGGCACAAUCUGCAGCUGGAGUUACAGGAGGAGCCAGGUGGCCGGCGGGGCCACCAUGUCCUCAUGGCCUCACUGGACUAUAGCCUCUUCCAGGACACCGUGGCGGUGGGGAGUGAGCUGCAGGGCCUGAAGGUACAACGGCUCCACGUGGGGGGCCUGCCCCCCAGCAGCGAAGAGGCAGCUCCGCAGGGUCUGGUCGGCUGUAUCCAGGGGGUCUGGCUUGGCUCCACGCCUUCAGGGUCACCGGCCCUGCUUCCCCCCAGCCACCGAGUGAACGUGGAACCAGGCUGUGUCGUGGCCAGUGCCUGUGCUUCUGGACCCUGCCCACCCCACGCUGACUGCCGAGAUCUCUGGCAGACGUUUACCUGCACCUGCUGGCCAGGUUACUAUGGCCCAGGCUGUGUGGAUGUCUGUCUCUUGAACCCCUGUCAGAACCAGGGGUCCUGCCGGCACCUGCCAGGAGCCCCCCACGGCUACACCUGUGACUGUGCAGGGGGCCACUUCGGGCAGCACUGCGAGCACAGGGCGGACCAGCAGUGCCCGCGAGGCUGGUGGGGGAGCCCGACCUGCGGCCCCUGCAGCUGCGAUGCUCACAAAGGCUUUGAUCCCAACUGCAACAAGACAAGCGGGCAGUGUCACUGCAAGGAGUUCCACUACCGGCCGCGGGGCAGUGACUCGUGCCUCCCCUGUGACUGCUACCCUGUGGGCUCCACCUCGCGUUCCUGUGCGCCCCACAGCGGGCAGUGCCCCUGUCGUCCAGGAGCCCUCGGCCGCCAGUGCAACAGCUGUGACAGUCCUUUCGCAGAGGUGACAGCUGGCGGCUGCCGGGUGCUCUAUGACGCCUGCCCCAAGUCCCUGAGAUCUGGCGUGUGGUGGCCCCAGACCAAGUUUGGUGUCCUGGCCUCAGUGCCCUGUCCUCGGGGGGCCCUGGGACUGCGGGGUGCAGGUGCUGCUGUGCGGCUCUGUGACGAGGACCAGGGCUGGCUGGAGCCUGACCUCUUCAACUGUACCUCCCCUGCCUUUCGAGAGCUCAGUCUGCUGCUGGAUGGCCUGAAGCUGAACAAGACAGUCCUGGACACUGUGGAGGCCAAGAAGCUGGCUCAGAGGCUGCGGGAGGUGACGGGCCACACUGACCACUACUUCAGUCAGGAUGUCCGAGUCACUGCUCGCCUGCUGGCCCACCUGCUGGCCUUUGAGAGCCGCCAGCAGGGCUUCGGGCUGACGGCCACACAGGACGCCCAUUUUAACGAGAACCUGCUGUGGGCUGGCUCUGCACUACUCGCCCCAGAGACCGGGGACCUGUGGGCAGCGCUGGGGCGGCGGUCCCCCGGGAGCUCCCCGGGCAGCGCGGGCCUGGUGCGGCACCUAGAGGAGUACGCGGCCACGCUCGCCAGGAACAUGGAGCUCACGUACCUGAAUCCUGUGGGGCUGGUGACACCCAACAUCAUGCUCAGCAUCGACCGCAUGGAGCACCCCAGCCUGGCCCAAGGUACCCGGCGCUACCCUCGUUACCAUAGCAACCUUUUCCGCGGCCAGGAUGCCUGGGACCCUCACACACAUGUGCUGCUGACUUCCCACUCCCCGCGGCCAUUCCCCCCUGAAGCAGUUCUGCCCACAAGCAGCAGCAGGGAAAACACCACCUCAAGUGUGGGCCCCCCGCCCACCCCCCCAGAGCCCCAGCCCGAGCCUGGGGUCUCCAUCGUCAUCCUCCUGGUUUACCGUGCCCUGGGGGGCCUGCUUCCUGCCCAGUUCCAGGCCGAGCGCCGGGGCGCCAGGCUUCCCCAGAACCCUGUUAUGAACUCCCCGGUGGUCAGCGUGGCUGUGUUCCAUGGACAAAACUUCCUGAGGGGUGUCCUGGAGCCCCCCAUCGGCCUCGAGUUCCGCCUGCUGCAGACAGCGAACCGGAGCAAGGCAACCUGCGUGCAGUGGGACCCGCCUGGCCCGGCGGACCAGCACGGCAUGUGGACGGCCCGGGACUGUGAGCUGGUGCACAGGAACGGGUCCCACGCUCGGUGUCGCUGCAGCCGGACGGGCACCUUUGGGGUCCUGAUGGAUGCCUCCCCCCGCGAGCGGCUGGAGGGGGACCUGGAGCUGCUGGCUGUGUUCACGCACGUGGCGAUGGCGGUUUCUGUGGCCGCACUGCUGCUGACUGCGACGCUUCUGCUGAGCCUGCGCGGCCUCAGGUCCAACAUGCGCGGGAUCCGUGCCAACGUGGCAGCUGCCCUGGGGGUGGCAGAGCUCCUCUUCCAGCUGGGGAUCCACAGGACCCACAACCAGCUGCUGUGCACAGCCAUCGCCAUCCUGCUGCACUACUUUCUCCUGGGCACCUUCGCCUGGCUCCUCGUGCAGGGGCUGCACCUCUACCGCAUGCAGGUUGAGCCGCGCAACGUGGACCGCGGUGCCAUGCGCUUCUAUCACGCUCUGGGCUGGGGCGUCCCUGCCGUGCUGCUGGGCCUUGCUGUCGGCCUGGACCCGGAGGGCUAUGGGAACCCCGACUUCUGCUGGAUCUCGAUCCACGAACCCCUCAUCUGGAGCUUUGCAGGCCCUGUCGUUCUGGUGGUCAUGAUGAACGGGACCAUGUUUCUCCUUGCUGCCCACGCGUCCUGCUCCGCGGGGCAGAGGGAGGCCAAGAAGACCUCUGUGCUGGCCCUGCGCAGCUCCUUUCUGCUGCUCCUGCUGGUCAGCGCCUCCUGGCUCUUCGGCCUCCUGGCAGUCAACCACAGUGUCCUGGCCUUCCACUACCUCCACGCUGCACUCUGCGCGCUCCAGGGCCUCGUGGUGCUGCUGCUGUUCUGUGUCCUGAAUGCAGAUGCCCGGGCCGCCUGGACACCUGCCUGUCUGGGCAGGAAGGCCAUGCCCGAGGAAGCCCAGCCCACACCCGGGACGGGGCCAGGGGCUCAUAACAACACAGCCCUCUUCGAGGAGAGCGGCCUCAUCCGCAUCACGCUGGGUGCCUCCACGGUCUCAUCCGUGAGCAGUGCCCGCUCCGGCCGGGCCCAGGACCAGGACAGUCCGCGGAGCCGCGGCCGCCUCAGGGACAAUGUCCUGGUUCGACGUGGCUCAGCUGCUGACCACACAGACCACAGCCUCCAGGCUCAUGCUGGUCCCACUGACCUAGACGUGGCCAUGUUCCAUCGAGAUGCUGGCGGAGGCGCAGAGUCCGACUCUGACAGUGACCUGUCCUUGGAGGAGGAGAGAAGUCUGUCCAUCCCCUCCUCAGAAAGCGAGGACGGUGGCCGGCCACGGGGGCGUUUCCAGCGUCCGCUCCACCGGGCUGCACAGAGCGAGAGGCUCCUCGCCCACCCCAAAGGUGUGGACGGCAAUGAUCUCUUGCCCUACUGGCCGGCCCUGGGGGGAUGUGAGGCCACUCCCUGUGCCCUGCAGACCUGGGGCUCUGAGAGGCGCCUGGGACUGGACACCAGCAAGGAUGCAGCCAGCAGCCCACUGGAAGGAACCCUGACCAGUGGGGACGAGGCCCCCCUGGGCGCCCAGCGCCAGAGGAAAGGCAUCCUAAAGAACCGGCCGCAGUACCCCCUAGCACCACAGGCCCGAGGUGCCCCCGAGUUGUCCUGGUGCCGCGCAGCCACCUUGGGCCACCGUGCUGUGCCAGCUGCCUCCUAUGGUCGCAUCUGCGCUGGAGGGGGCAUGGGCAGCCUUUCGCAGCCAGCCAGCCGCUACUCUUCCCGAGAACAGUUGGACCUGCUCCUCCGGCGGCAGUUGAGCCGCGAGCGGCUGGAGGAGGCCCCCGCCCCUAUUCUUUGUUCUCUGAGUCGGCCGGGGUCCCAGGAAUGCCUGGACACCGUGCCCGGCCGCCUGGAGCCCAGGGAUCGGGGCAGCACUCUACCACGGAGACAGCCGCCCAGGGCCCACCCUGGCACCACGGCUAGCCGCUUCAGGUCCCGGGAUGCGCUGGACCUAGGGGCACCCUGUGAAUGGUUGAGCACGCUGCCCCUGCCCCCCAGUGCCCGGGACCUUGACCCACAGCCUCCGCCUCUGCCUCCCCAGCGGCAACUCUCAAGGGACCCCCUUCUGCCAACCCGGCCCCUAGACACUCUCUGCAGGAGAUCGAACUCAGGGGAGCAGCUUCACCGUGUGCCUAGCCGGCACCCCUCACGAGAAGGCCUCGGGCCGCCCCCACAGUUGCUCAGAGUCAGGGAGGAGCCAGCCAGUGGCCCUGGCCAUGGCCCCUCCACAGAGCAGCUGGACAUUCUCUCCUCCAUCCUCGCCUCCUUCAACUCCUCGGCGCUCUCCUCUGUGCAGUCGUCAAGCACGCCCUCGGGCCCUCACACCACUGCCACACCUUCUGCCACAGCCUCUGCACUUGGGCCUUCCACGCCACGCUCUGCCACGUCCCACAGCAUCUCAGAGCUGUCGCCAGACUCCGAAGUUCCCAGGAGCGAGGGUCACUCCUGAGGGGCAGACUACGGCGGGACAGCGCACGGCCGAGGAGAAGCUGAGGGCGGUGCAGGAUCCGGGCUGCCAGGAGGGGCUCCGGGAGUGGGCCCCCCGUGGCUGCUGGCUAUGAGCACGUGACCAGGCCUGGGCCCUGGCGCCGGGCUGGGGGGCGGCUGAAGGGGGACUUUUAUACAUUUUGUAUACCUUUGUAACCAGAGAGAUACACUUAAGUUAUUUUUCAACUUUUCUGCCUCCCAGGGUUCAGAGGCUGGACUGGGAGGGGGGAACAGAGGGAAGGCAUCCCUUGCAAACUGUGUGCUCUUCCCUCUGGUCUUGCCAGGGUGGAUGCAAACAGGAGGGCCAAAUGCCCCCGCACCCAGGUCGAUCUAAAUACCAUCCGGGCUCAAAGAGCCAAGUUGAUCUUUGACUUUCCUUGGCCGCCCCAGGGGCCAAACCUUUGGCCUGGAGGCUGGUCUUGGAAGCGGGUCCUCCGACCUCCUCCUGAGGCUUCCGCUCGGACCCUCCUCCCGGUGGAUGUGUGUGUUUAUGUGGAGUCCCUGCCACUUGCUGCCUUAUGACCUCGGGUGGAUGCUGUGCGGCGUGUGUGGAGCAGCAGACGCCCUGUUCACAGGGCGAGGCUUCCCUCCCUCCCGCCGGAGGGGCCCAGGCUUCUGUUCAGACCUUCCUGCAGGGGGCAGGCCGGGUCCUUUGCCGCCGAGGCCUCUGCUCUGGGCAACUUGUCUGUGGUGCCAUUUGCUCCCCUAUUCUGAGGGGUGGAGGGAGGGAGCAGAGGAGAAACAAGGGAAUAGAUGACGCAGAAUGUAGGUGCCACUGUCCCCCGUGUUUACAGGAAACCCGUGGCUCCGGGCGCCUGGGCUGCGGGAGGAGACGAGGCCCACCCUUUGGGUCCCUUCUGAAGGGAAAGCGACUGUUAGAACCCUAUUCGCAGAACUCUCACUUUUAUUACUUUGAUGUCCCAAACUGGGGACUUUUAAAUUUUGUUACUUUAUUUACACGGUCAAGAUUGAAAACAUUUUUAAACUUUGUUUACAACUUAAAAUUUUGAACUUUUAUACUUUG